AUGUCAUCGAGUGAUAAAGAUUUUCGAUUUAUGGCAACAUCGGAUUUAAUGAACGAUUUACAAAAAGAAUCAAUUAAAUUAGAUGAUGAUAGUGAACGUCGUAUUGUAAAAGGUGUUUUAAAAUUAUUGGAAGAUACAAAUGGUGAAGUACAAAAUCAAGCUGUUAAAUGUCUUGGUCCAUUAGUAUGUAAAGUAAAAGAACCACAAAUUGAAAUUAUAUGUGAUACAUUAUGUUCAAAUUGUACAAAUAUGUCUAAAGAUGCUGAGCAAUUACGUGAUAUAUCAAGUAGUGGUUUAAAAACUGUUAUUGCUUCAUUAGCAACAACAAAUUCAGGAGCCACAAAUAAUAUAUCAAAAAAAAUUAUGCAACGUUUAUUAGCAGCUAUACAACAAGGUACAACAACAACAAAUACUACAAAUACUAAGAAAACAAAUAAUGCAUUGGAUUUAGCUAAUGGUGGACAGAGUCAAUUGGAAAUAUUAGAUAUAAUUAGUGAUAUGUUAUCAAGAUUUGGUGCAAAUUUAUCAUCAUUUCAUCCACAAUUAAAACAAAUUUUAUUAAGUCAUUUAAAUUCAAAUCGAUCAGCUGUUAGAAAACGUGUCACUACAUCGCUCAGUUAUCUUCUGGAAACAUGUGAUCUUCAAUUAUUUAAUGAAAUUCUUACUAAUUUACUUAAUGAACUUCAACAUAAACCCACAUCUGCUUCUAUGAACAAAAAAUCAGCAUCGGCUGAAGCAAAUGCUACUAUUAAAACUUAUGUUCAAGCUUUGACAUCAAUAUGUCGUUUAGCAUCACAACGUUUAAGUGAACAUAUGCAUGAAAUAGUUCGAAUAACACUUUCAUUUAUUGAAAAUACACCAUCAAAUAAUAAUAAUGAUGAUCAACAAUAUGAUGAUGAACUUAUUGAAUAUUGUUUACAAGCACUUGAAACAUAUUUAAAACGUUGUCCAAAAGAAACAAAUGAAUUUGUACCAAAAAUUGUUAAUAUUUGUAUUGUAUAUUUAAAAUAUGAUCCAAAUUUUAAUUAUGAUGAUGAUGAUAAUACAAUGAGUGAUGAUCAAAGUGAUGAUGAUGAUGCCGAUGAUGAUAAAGAUCAAGAUUCAUAUUCAGAUGAUGAUGAUCUUUCAUGGAAAGUUCGUCAUUCAGCUGCUAAAUGUAUUGAAGCUGUUGUUGUAACACAACAUGAUAUAUCACAAACAAAUUAUUAUCGUAAAAUUGUACCUGUCUUAAUUGAACGUUUUCUUGAACGUGAAAAUACAGUUAAAGCAGAUGUAUUUCAUUGUUUUAUAACAAUUCUUCAACAAACUAAAACAACAUAUGCACAUCAACAAUUACAACAACAACAAUAUCAUAGUACAAUUUGUUCAUCUAUUCAUGAUGAUGAAGAUAGUAUGGAUACAGAUCAUAUAACAACAAAAAAUUCUUAUGUAUCACCAUUAGCUGAAUAUGUUCCAUCAAUUGUUCGUUCUCUUGCAAAAAUAAUGAAAGAUAAAGAUACAAAAAAUCGUGAAGGUAGUUUAGUUGUUUUAACAAAUCUUGUUCAAGUUCAACAUAAUAUUCUUAUUGAUCAUAUUGAUACAAUUUUACCAAAUACACUUUAUUCAUUAUCAAUAUCAGAUAAAACUAAAAAAACUCAAGGAUCAAAUAUUGAAGGAAAAUCAACACAAACAAUAUCAAAAUCAUUACAUUCAAAUUUAAAAAUAACAGCUUUAGCUUUUCUUUAUGCACUUUUACAAACACAUGAUAAUUCAACACGUUUUCAUAAACAUAUUAAAUCAAUGUUACCAUUAAUUAUUUCACAUGCAAAUGAUUCAUUUUAUAAAAUAGCUAGUGAAGCAUUACUUGUUUUACAAGAAUCAGUUAAAAUAAUUCGUCCAAAAUCAACAAUUACAAUUCAAAAUGAAUUUAAACCAUUUGUUGAACAAAUUUAUGAAUGUACACAAAAACGUUUAAAACAAAAAGAUUUCGAUCAAGAAGUUAAAGAACGAGCUAUUACAUGUUUUGCUUAUGUUAUUGUCUAUCUUGGUGAUCUUCUAUCAUCUGAUCAAUUACAAUCAUGUUGGCCAAUACUAAUUGAACUUCUUCGUAAUGAAAUAACACGUUUACCAACAGUUCGUGCAUUAACAAAUAUAAUUGAAUCACCACUUCAUCUUGAUUUACAAACAAUUCUUAUUGAAACAGUUCCUAUAUUAUCAUCAUAUCUUCGACAAAAUCAUCGUACACUUAAAAUGAAUACAUUAUCAUGUUUACGUUCAAUGAUUAAACUUUAUUCAAAACAUUUUAAUAAAACUAUGCUUAAAACAAUUCUUAUUGAAUUACCAUUAUUAAUUAAUGAAAAUGAUUUAUUAUUAGCUCAAUAUGCACUUAAAUUAACAACAUCAAUAUGUAAAAUAAAUAACAAUCAAAUUAAUAUUGAUAAAGAACAAAUACAUCCUAUAUUAAAUAAAGUACUUGAAUUAAUUCAAUCACCAUUAUUACAAGGUACAGCAUUAGAUGCUGUUAUUGAAUUUCUUUGUGCACUUGUACCACAAUCUAUAUCAUAUGAAGAAUUAGUUAAAUUAUUAAUUAAACCAAUUUAUUCACAACAAAAAUCAACAACAAUUUCAACUACAGCAACAAAUACAAGUGAUCAUCAUCAACAACAACAAUUAGUUGUUCAUAGACAAGCAUUUUAUUCAAUUGCAAAAUCAUUUGCUUCAUUAACAGUUGCAAAUUUAAAGGAAAGUAAUUAUUUUAUUAAGAAAUUUCAAGAUGAUUUACAUGAUUCAAAAUGUAGUGAUUCAAUUAAAAUUUUGGCAUUACUUUGUCUUGGUGAAACUGGUAAAUAUACUGAUUUAGCUCAAUCAUCAUCAAAUCUUCAACAAAUCUUACUUGAUAUAUUUUCUUCUCCAUCUGAUGAUUUACGUACAGCAGCAUCAUAUACACUUGGUUAUAUUGGUAUACGAAAUUUAAAUUCUCACAUUCCAUUUUUAUUAAAUGAAAUAGCACGUAGUCAAACAAAACGUCAAUAUCUUUUAUUACAUUCAUUACGUGAAAUAAUAGCAUAUCAAAGUCAUGAAAAUUUACCACAACUUGAUGAACAUAUUGAUUCAAUAUGGCGUACAUUAUUUGCACAUUGUGAAUGUCCUGAAGAAGGUACAAGAAAUGUUGUUGCUGAAUGUUUAGGAAAAUUAACAUUAUUAAAACCUGAAAAAUUAUUACCUAUUUUACGUGAAACAUUUAUUAAUCAUGCAGAAAAACAACAAUCAUCAUCACCAUAUGUACGUUCAACGAUAAUAACAGCAAUUAAAUUUACAAUUGUUGAUCAACCACAACAUAUUGAUACAAUUUUAAAAGGUUAUAUUAAAGAUUUUUUGAAUGGUCUUGAAGAUAAAGAUAUUGAUGUUCGACGUGUUGCACUUGUUAUGUUUAAUUCUGCUGCACAUAAUAAACCAAUGUUAAUACGUGAUUUACUUAAAGAACUUUUACCUAAACUUUAUAAUGAAACUCGUGUACGGCCAGAACUUAUUCGGGAAGUUGAAAUGGGUCCAUUUAAACAUACUGUUGAUGAUGGUCUUGAUCUUCGUAAAGCAGCUUAUGAAUGCAUGUACACACUAUUAGACACAUGUCUUGAUAAACUUGAUAUGUUCGAUUAUUUAACAUAUGUUGAAGAUGGUCUUAAACAAGAUCAUUAUGAUAUACGCAUGUUAACAUUUCUUAUGGUUGUACGUUUAUCAAUACUUUGUCCAACAAUUGUAUUACAACGACUUGAUCGUCUUGUUCAACCAUUAAAAGCAAUUUUACAAUUAAAAGUUAAAGCUAAUAGUAUAAAACAAGAAUUUGAAAAACAUGAUGAAUUACGUCGUGCUGCAAUUAAAGUCUUUCUUGCAUUACAACAAAUAAAAGAUGCUAAUAAAAUUGCAUGUAUUAAUGAAUUUGAAGCACUUGUAAAAAGUUCAAAAGAAUAUCAAGAUUUAUAUAAUACUGUUAUUCAUGAACAACAACAAUCAUCAUCUGGAUUUAGUUUUAAUACAAAUAACAAUUCUGAAGCAAUGGAUAUGAGUUAA